AUUCACAAUUCACAAGUAGCAAAAAAACUUCUUCAACUAUUAUAAAAAAAUAUUCUCUGAGAAAAGAACAAAAUGAUGAACACAAAAAGUGUAGCCAUGUUAAUAAUGGUGAUGAUGGUAGCAAUGGGAAUGCAGAAUAUUUUGGUUCAGGCAAAUCGUCCAUUGUGUGAAUUUUCUGGUACAUGUGCUGGUCUUGAACCUCCGCCUUCUCCUUAUGUAGAUGAUAGAUCUUUCGAUUCUGAUCUUUCUACAGAAUCUCCAUCUCCUUCACAAGAUCAUAGCUCUUUUGACUCUGAUCCUUCUUCAGAAUCUCCUUCUCCUUCACAAGAUGAUAGCUCUUUUGACUCUGAUCCUUCUUCAAAAUCUCCUUCUCCUUCACAAGAUGAUAGCUCUUUUGAAUCUGAUCCUUCAUCAAAAUCUCCUGCUCCUUCAUCAGAUUUUAAUUUUGAUCUUUCUCCAAAUUCUAUUUCUCCUUCACCAUUAUCAGCCGGAACAAUUUACUUAUGCAUGUAUGAUUGUUCUACUCAAAGUUGCUCUAACCUUGGAAAAGACCCAAAAGAUUUUGAGCAGUUUAACUUAUGCGUUGAAAAAUGUUCGGAGACGUGUAUGAAGAAGUACAAAGGCGACGAUAUCUAUGUUUAAAUUAAUAAGUUAAGAGCAAAUGAUUACUUCGCUCCUCGUAUCCAAUGUUUUAUUUUUUUUCUUGCUCAUGGCAUGGAUAAUCAGAUAUUUUGUAUGAGACGUAAUAAAAUUAACUACUAUUAAACUUAUGAAU